CUUGGCUGGCAUUGGCAAAAUCUCUGAAUAUAACGCCCCCCCUCUCUUCUCAUGCACACCCAAAACUCAGCUCCUUUCCUUUUGCUUUGCUUUGCCCCCUCUGUUAAUGGAGAUCAAUGCGGUAAACCAGACAAAUACACCCACUUUUUACAGCAAAACCCAGCAAAACCCUUUGAUGGGAAGUGCAUUGCAUGAAGCUUUUCCCACUUUCCAAACAACCCGGGGCACCACCAGGAAAAGGACAGACUACUUGAAGUCUCAAAACAAGGAUUCUUUGAGAGAAGAAGAAGAAGAAGAAGAAGAAGAAGAAGAAGAAGAAUACAAUGAUGAUGAUGAGAGGAUAGAAGUAAAAAGAAAGAUUGUGGCAUUGCAAAGGAUAGUUCCAGGAGGUGAGGCAUUAGGGGUGGAUAAGCUGUUUGAAGAAACUGCUGGGUAUAUAUUAGCUUUGCAGGGUCAAAUUAGGGCCAUGAGAGUUCUUGCAAGCUUUAUUGAAGGCAUGGAUAAACAGAAAAGGAAGCUUGGAGGUUGAUCAAUUCAAGCACACUGGUUGUUUCUCUCAACUGUAAUUUUUUUUUUUUUUGGUUCUUUUGCCUAGCUAGUUGAUGAAGGAGAGCAUCAUCCCACAUUAUAUUCCCAUUUCCCAUCCACUUUGAUUUUUCAUUUUGUUUUGUUUUUUCUUGAUUAUGGUUUACUACCCUUUUUAACUAUUUGAAUAGUUCAAUAUAUAAUGUGGAGAAAAAUCAGAAUUAGAAAUUAUUACUAAAUGCAGAGAAAUAUGUUAAUGGAUGAUUGAAGAAGAAUGGAGAUAAAGACUAGUUUCGGUAA